AUGCCAUGCUCUUUAUUAAGGCAGGUUGGAGAGACCAGGACACUCCAGUCCGGACCCUGACAGCAGACUGUAUCCAGUGCGAAAGUAUUUAAUCUUGGACAUCACAGGACACAAACACAAUCAUGGUCAAGACUUUCAUCCUUUUGCUUCUGCUUGUCGGAAGCAACAGUCAAAUGACUUCAGAUCCAAUUGAUGAUCCAGCCGAUGGCCCAACUGAUAGUACUACGGAUGGUCCGACCGAUGGUCUGGCCGAUGGCCUGACUGAUGGCCUGACCGAUGGCUUGACCGAUGACCUGACUGAUGGCCUGACCGAUGGCCUGACCGAUGACCUGACCGAUGGCCUGACCGAUGGCCUGACCGAUGACCUGACCGAUGGCCUGACCGAUGACCUGACCGAUGGCCUGACCGAUGGUCUGACCGAUGACCUGACCGAUGGUCUGACCGAUGACCUGACCGAUGGUCUGACCGAUGACCUGACCGAUGACCUGAUCGAUGGUCUGACCGAUGGCCUGACCGAUGGCUCGACCGAUGGUCUAACCGAUGGUCCAGACAACUUACCAGGCUUCACUGUUUUGUUGGACGAAGGCAUUGAACUUUCCGUUGGGUUUCGAAAUGGCGAAGGAAUUAAUGAGCGCCUCAUUGUUAUCCAAUUAGUUGAUGGCAAAGUCAAAGUAAUUCCGACCACCCGUUAAGGCGUCAGACUCUAAUAAUUUAUAAGCGCUCAGCCGUUUAUCUGAAUUAGAACUGCAGCGAUAUUAGUUUGACAUUUAUUUCUGACAUCAUGUUCCUGUUGUACCUUUAUAACUGUCAUUCUAUUACUGACCAUUGGGGGCAGUGUUGGUGUCAGUGUGUGUGUUUCUUUCUUUGGAAAAGUUCAUCUGAUAGAAAAUCAUGAAGUCUUUGAGCCCUCUGGUACGUACAUUACUUUUCUGUCCUCAAUCAAUCAAUAAAAUUUUCUAAUGAAACUUGA